UCGAAGUCACAGCAGCUGCAAAGACAGGUCUGGCUCACGGCAUUUUGCCAAGGCAUUUUGCCUUAAGGUGAAGAACAAGAUGGAGUCCCCACCGUCUUUCCAUAUAUACAGAAGCUGACUAGACUGGCAGUAGAAUCUUAUUUCAAUGCUGGCAAGAGGAGAGUGUCUCCACUGCACCUGCAGAAAAGAAGCAUGUGAUACAACAAUAAAACCAAAGAAGAGCCAAUAACUGUUACAUAUAUCAAGUACAGGAAAUAAUUUCGCUUGUAUUCUAGUUAUAAUGUCCAAACCUGAGAGCCUUUGGUCCCCUUCAAUUCUUUAUCUCAAACAUAAAAAACAACUACAGAAGAGAAGAAGAAAAAGCGCGGAAACAUUAAAACCCAGGAAGCCUCAUAGGAAAGCAAGAGGCAUUAUUGGAGUUCAAGAGCACCGUCCAGACCUGCAAAAACACUCAAGGAGGGUGCAAAGCAGGUCUGGCAAGGGGUGUGGCCUGGAAACAGUCUCAAGGGCCAGACACAGAGGCCUGGAGGGCCGCAUUUGGCCCAAGGAACCUGAAGUUCCCCACUUUUGCUUUCCAGUCGGAUGUCAAUGCCGCCUGACAUGAAGGAGAAAGAGGACGAAGAAGGGGUGGGAUCUCUCUGACUCUUUUGAAGUGACUUUUUACAAGCUCACUGGGUGUGCGGAACCUGACCCUUUCCCAACCUUUAGACGGAAUUAAAGACAAAGCAGCCGCUGCCAGCUUUUAAAAUAAAUGAAAUGAAGGGAAAUAUAACAACCAAAUUAUUUCCUCUGUGUUUUGUUAAGUUCUUGCUGGGAGGAUGAAAGGGGGAGGUGCCCUAAUGUCUUAGUUGUGCGUGUGUGUGUUUCAAAGCCACCCAGCCAGUGGGAGGAGAGCAUCGAUCGUUUUCAUAAUAAAAAAAGGGGGCUGAACUUCCCAGUUACAGAAAGCAGGUGCUGCUGUCCCGGCUCUCUCCGUCACUCACUAGUAUAGGGGCCACCGCCGCUUUUGCACCUCCCUCACUAACGUGAGCCACAGACACGCACGCAGGCAAGACAGCAGAGGAGCACCGGGAAGGGGAUGUGGAAUAAGCCUCCCACCUCGCCCACUCCGAUUGCCGGCGUCUUUCCCCCCUUUGCCUCUCGCCGGCUCUGACGAUCAUGGAGAAGAAGGCGAAGAGGGGGGCGUUCCUCCUGGGCUGGCUGCUGCUGCUGCUGCUUUCCGGGGGUACAGCAUGGGCCAAGGAAGCUUGCCCCUCCGAGAAGUUCACUGCCAGUGGAGAAUGCUGCAAAGCCUGUAAUAUUGGAGAAGGGGUCGCCCAGCCCUGUGGGAUAAACCAAACUGUCUGUGAACCAUGCCUGGACAGUGUCACCUAUUCAGACACCGUGAGCAUCACAGAGCCCUGCAAGCCCUGCAAGGAGUGUGUGGGGCUGGAAGGCAUGUCAGCUCCCUGCGUGGAAUCAGACAACACCGUCUGCAGAUGUAUCUAUGGCUACUACCGGGAUGAGAGGAGCAACGAGUGCAAAAAGUGCAGAAUUUGCGAAGUGGGCUUUGGCCUCGUGUACGCCUGCGGGGAGAGUCAGAACACCUGGUGUGAGAAAUGCCCCCUUGGGACUUACUCUGACGAAGCUAACCACGUUGACCCCUGUUUGCCUUGCACCAUGUGUGAAGAGGACGAGGUCACCAGUGAGGAGUGUACCGCAACAUCAGAUGCUAAGUGCAGAGCAGUUGUUCACCCACGAUGGAGGCCAACUAUAACCCCGAUAAAUUCCAGCACCACCACUGAUGCCAACACAGCUGCUGAACAUGCAGUUGUUCACCCACGAUGGAGGCCAACUAUAACCCCGAUAAAUUCCAGCACCACCACUGAUGCCAACACAGCUGCUGAACAUGAUUUUCAGCCGGAGAGUCCCCAAAGCCCCUUUCCAUUCACAAAUGAUCUGGAUACCUUGGAUGAUUUUGGUAGCACCGUGGCCGCUACAACAACCACGGUCAUGAGCAGCUCCCAGCCUGUCGUCCGAAGCGGCACAGCAGACAACCUCAUUCCCGUGUACUGCUCCAUUUUGGCAGCCGUGGUGGUGGGGUUGGUGGCGUACAUUGCUUUCAAGAGGUGGAACAGCUGCAAGCAGAAUAAGCAAGGAGCCAACAACCGCCCCGUCAACCAGACGCCUUCGCCGGAAGGAGAGAAACUUCACAGUGACAGCGGCAUCUCAGUCGACAGCCAAAGCCUCCAUGAUCAACAGCCGCAGACCCAGACAGCAUCAAUGCAAGGCCUUAAAGGAGACGGGAACCUUUACACCAGCCUGCCAGCCAACAAGCAGGAGGAGGUUGAAAAGCUGCUGAACGGUUCCACUGAGGAGACAUGGCGCCACUUGGCCGGGGAGCUGGGCUACAAGGAGGACCACAUAGACUCCUUCACGCAAGAGGAAUACCCUGUCCGUGCACUGCUCUCCGACUGGUCCAGCAAAGACAGCGCCACCAUGGAUGCCCUUUAUUCCGCCUUGCGUAAAAUCCAGAGGGGGGACAUUGUGGAAAGCCUCUACAGUGAAUCCACUGCCAGCUCACCCGUCUGAAGCAAGAGAGACAGGGUAGAGGUGCUGUGGGUUAGUCCCUCUGCCAUUCCCCACCCCGCAUUUUCCUCACUGAUGCCCCUUGGGAGAAAACACAUGAAGGGGAAAUGGAGUCUGUUCUCCCCAUUACCACCAUAGUUUCUGGGGAGCGUCAGAGCAAUCCUGUAUGCCCUGACUUGGUUGUGGUUUUCCCUCCACCCUUCUUCUUCUUCCUCCUCCUAGUAUUUCCACUCAAUACCUCUUGCCAAUAGCAGACAGUCAGAUGCUAAACAGAUGUGGAGGAAGGUAACUGGAACAAAUGCCAUUUGUGUGUGCGUGUUUGGGUUUUUGAAUAUAUCCUGGAUUGACAGCAUUUUGCUGGUUCGGCAGAACUCGUGUCCAGUCAGUGCUGCUGGGUGGCCUCUCUCUUUCAGGUGCCUCUGAAUUUUAAAUGCCCAUCUCAUGCCCCCUGCAUCCCAUGUGAAUUCUCUUUCCGCACAUGCACUCAUUGACCUUCAGCCAUGGACUCUUCCCUAUUAGGUGCCAUGUUCUCCCAAGCCAAGAAAUAAAAAGGCAGCCCGGUUGAAUGUGUUGCGUGGCUGAUGGACUUGGAGAAGGCAGAUGGAGGCUGACUAUUGGGGUCUCUGGAGCAAGAGGAUAUACAUGAUCUGAAGAGGACACUAUGAGGACUUUAUUCUGAGAGAGGAUCUCGGGGAGGAGAGGAAGGAUGCAAUUUCGGGCUUGUCAAAACUGACACUGUGAAGAUCAAAUCAUGAAGUAGAUGGAUGGAGCCUAAAGGGAAACCCAUCCACAUUUCCAUCCAUGCACUAACGUCAAGCCUGCCUUGGGUCCCUGGUCUCUCUCCCUUGCUCAAGAUGCAUUCCUUGCAGCUCAGUAAAGCCGUAUUGAACCUAGUUCUGUCACUCUCUUCCUGGGUUUGAUCAAAGCUAGCUGAGUCCUAAACUGGACAGCACUAGUUUAAAAGAGGUUAUAAGCCAUACUUAGUGGAGAGUAGAGCUGGCCAAAGCAAACAAAGCAACAGCGCAAAUAGCAUUCAUGGAUGAGUGUGAAUUAUUAACCACUGUGAUCCAGAAACCAGGCCAGAUGCCACCUCCUGUGCUAUCCCAGAUGUUGUGUUGGUGAGACAGGAUAAAAAGCUAUGCUCUGCAUUCUUUCUCAGACUAGUGAACCAAUCACUGUGGGUUAUUAAAGCCAUUACCUCUGUUGCAUUAAAAAGGGGGUGAGCAAAGUAACCCCCUGGGUGGCCUUAAGACAUAAGGUGGAGAGAGGGGUGCUCGUGGUUCUACACUAAAGACUUACGAGCAAUCCUCAGAGCUUGAUUUGGGUUGGCUGCUAAACCUUUAAGGAUUACUGUUCUACCCCCCAUUUUCAUAAAUAUUAGAGGGGUCCGAAAAGUAACACAAGGGGAGAGGUCUCCAUAAGCUAAGAGAAACAAUCAGAAGUCCUUGGGGCCUCCUUGAUAUAUAUUACAAGACCUGUAUAGGCCUGAUGAAGAACUUGAGGUGUUGGAAAGUUUGUAGCAUUAUGAACAAUUUACUUAAAGGAGAUCAUUUCACUGCUCCUGUUUGUCUCUCUGAACUGGAACUAUGCAGAUAAGAGAUCCUACCACAAGCAUGCUUGCACGCACGCACGCGCACACACACUGCAGCUUUAGGAAGUGAUGGAAGCCAAUCCAGAUGAAAGCUAUUUGCCAGCCUCAGCUGCCAAGAUGACUUGGGUGUGAUUUAGGGUAUAUGCCUGGCAGCCCUCUGAGAAAAGUUGCUACUCCAAUUAAAAUGCAUUUACUCCUCUCAGAAAUUGCUUGGAUGCUUUGCCUGAACAGGAACUUCCCAAUUUGCCUUGAAAAUCUGCUUUAGGCAAAAUUGGGUGGCAAUUCAAGGAGUGAUGCCCAAAAACAUAGUGAGGAAAAGGGAUUUUUUUUCAUUUUUUAAAAAUCGUCAGACAACUGAGAUUAACCCUCCCAUUUACAAGAUGCUAGUUUCUACCAAAUGACCAGAAUCUCAAAGUGUGAGGUGGUAGAAGAAGAAGCCAGAAGAAGUGGCAGCCAAGUGUGAAAUGGAAUCCUGAGUUGCUUAGAACGGACUACCCAAGAAAACAUGAAACUCCCUCAUUCUGCGACAAACCAUUGGUCCAUCUAUUGCAAUAUUGUUUACUCUGACAGGCAGCAGCCCCCCCCCAACGAUUCAGACAGAGCUCUUUCCAGCUCUGCUACCUGGGAUUAUUUUUUGGAUGUAAUCAUAGGGAAUUGAACCUGGGAUCUUCUACAUGCAGGGCCACUGCUCUACCAUUGAGCUCAUCCUCAUUAUAGCCUUGGUCAGAAGGUCUUUUGGGUAUACAGUUUGGUGGCCAUUUAACCACCACCACCCAGGACACCCUUUCCUCUUCCUUUGGUGGAGAAAUGUGCUCUGUUUUGCAGUGACUACCCAAAAGAAGAACAAUGAUCAUGCAAAAUGUUCGAGCUUCUUUCGAACGGGCAUGACUGUUGAGCAGCUCUGUCCCUUGAGGCACAUCUCAGCCAAGUUGCCCCUUUUUUGUGGGAAUAUCACCAUAUCUUCGUGCUUGUAGAAAGAAGGCAAGAUAGAAGUGCCAGAGAAAUUCAGAUCACUCCAAACAACAGCGUGUAGAGUCUCCCCCGUUUCCAUUGGGUCUGUUUCUGCACACAACACAAAACACAGCCUCUUGGGCUUCCUAUUUGUGGCCAACUUUGACCAUAGGUUUAACACAGGCAGCACAAUGCUGGUAGCUGUAACUCCUUGCCAGAGUGUGCACGCAACUCUGUAGUAGCUGUUAUCAGUGAAUAUAACAAUAGUACAUUGGAGAGUAUUCAACCACUAUUAGUGAGAGAAUAGCAGCACAUAUUCAGUGGUGGCUGGUGCUCGUUGAGAUUGGUGGGGUGGAAGGCAGGAAGUCCAACAGUAGGUAGAGGCAGAACCAAUGACAAACAAAGCCAACAAAUUCUAGUUUAUCCCCAUUCUCUUCCCUGCUGAGUUCUGCAGGGGCCACACUGAAGCUGAGGAGGAGGAAGCUGACAGCCAGUGUAGGCAGUUGGUGGCUGGCUGAGGGCAGACAGAGGCUGGUGGGACAGUGCCCUAAUAGACCAGCCUCCUCUUCAUAUAUUCAAACCAAACAGGUGUAAAACAGCUUUGAUGUUAAACCCUUUAAAAUACCAAUGGGCAGAAGCAUUGGUUUCCAAUCCCAGAAAGCUUCAGUAGAAACAUCCCCCACCUCCAGAUUCCUCUGUACCUUCUGGUCUACAUUCUAGAAUGCAAAAAAAUGGCAUUCCAGUCCAGUUGCAAGAUCUCAAUGUACAUGCACAAAAGGCCUCCAACUUGCCGUGAUCUGGAUGAAGUCAGCAGUUGCAUGGCAUCUCUGCAGAUGGGUAUAGAGGCUCAGAGGAUGCCUCAGAGCCACAUUAGGCCUCAAUGAGCAUCUGAAGAAUCCCUGAUACCCCGUGUUGCCAGUAAGAUUGCCUGUGCAACGCAGUGAGACCUUAAUGUGCACAGAAGCCUAGAAUUGUCUCAGGGACUGAUCAGAAAUUAACAGAAGCUGUGGACUAGCCAAGAGAUUCUCGUAAGUCCUGGUUUCAUUUUGGGACCCAUUCCACCCCAGCUAGAAGAACAGUAUGUUCCAGCAUAGGCUCUGUUAAUAGCAAACUUUGGUAGCAUUCCCAGUGGACACAGCUAGUCCCCCUGAUUAACACAUGUGGUAACAUACGAGCAUGGAACUGCCAGAAGAACAGUACGUGCCAGCAAAUAAAUCAGAACAAAUGCCCAAUAAAGAGCCAACAUCACUGAGCCUCUGCACAAGUUCUGAGCAAGCAAAUCUGGAUGAAUACUGAAUUAAACAGGACAUCUGGAGAAGCCUGAAGUUUAACCAGUAGCAAGUUACUGAACAACUUUUUGUUGUUGUUGACAGAGGCUACCCGCUGUCGUAACCUGUGACAGAUGCAAGUGGAUAUUUUAUUGGAUGUGAACUCAUGAAACUGAACAUUCUGAAACAGAUCCAGCCACAUGCUCAGGCCACCCUAUCCUUAAAGACAUGUCAUGAUGAAGAUACUACCAUCCUCUUACCUCAGUAAUAUACUGCAGCAUUCCAUCACUUUAGCACGGUCCUUAAUAAUGGUAAUGGAAGCAAAACUCCCUCUACAUAACUGUACAGGACUUCUUUGUUGUUAGGCAGAGAUGAGCAGAGCCACUGGGUUCCCUAAAUCAUGCUGAGAAGCCCAUUAUUUCUUAUCUUGUACAUCAUCAAGUGAGCCAAAAGUGCCAAAGAAGUAUAUCCAGGUCUAGCCAGAAGUUCAGCCGAGAUACACAUUGGCUGGAGGUUUUAAAGGUGGGAGCCACUUUUCUAUGACUCAGCAUACCUUUCCCCAGGUAGUGCAAUGAGGAGGAAUUUGGUCUGAGAGCCUUGCAUUACAUACAGCAGGAGGGAGGACCCUCCCGAUGUUGCUGAACUACAAAUCCCAUCAGCCCAAGCAGGCAUGACUAAUGGCCAGGGAUGAUGGGAGUUGUCAUUCAGCAACAUCUGGAGGGCUAAAAAUCCUGCACUCCUGCUGAACAGGGUGUGAUCAUGAAGACACUGCCUAUAGUAAAACACCUAUGGUGGCAUACCAAAAUAGAUAGCAUACAACAUCUUAACAGGAGCCCAUCUAGUCCAGCUUCCCAUUUCCCGCAGUGAGCUACCAGAUGCCUCUGGGAAACCCACAAGCAGGGCAUGAAGGCACCAGCUCUCUUCUGCUGUUGCUCCUUAGCAGCUGGUAUUCAGUGGCAUACUGGCUCUGAACCUGGAGAUAGCCAUCGGGACCAGCAGCCAUCACCAUUUUUCUGCCUAUAAAGAAUCCCCAAUACAUUUUGAAUCGUGUCCUGUUUUCCAGGGUAAUUCUAGGCUACAUUUGGGAUACUGUAUAGAGUUCUGGUCGCCUCACCUCAAAAUGAAUAAUGUAGAGUUAGAAAAGGUUCAUAAAAGGGCAGUCAGAAUGAUCAUGGGGAUGGAGCAACUCCCGUAUGAGAAAAGGCUGCAGCAUUUGGGGCUUUUCGGUUUAGAGAAAAGGCAAGUCAGAGGCAACAUAACAAAAGUGUAUAAAAUUAUGCAUGGUGUGGGAAAAGCGGACAGAGAAAAGUUUUUUCAUCCUCAUAAGACUAGAACUCAUGCACAUUCAAUGAAGCUGAAUGUUGGAAGAUUCAGGACAGACAAAAGAAAAUACUUCUUCACGCAGUGCAUAGUUGAACUCUGGAAUUUGCUCCUACAGGAGGCAGUGAUGGCCACCAAUUUAAAAGAUUAGACAAAUUUAUGGAGGAUAAGGCUAUCAAUGCCUAUGCUCUGCCUCCAUAGUGCUUCUGAAUAACAGUUGCUGAAAACCACAGGAGGGGAAAGUGCUCUUGUGCUCAGGGCCUUCUUGCGGGCUUCCCAUGGGCAUCUGACUGGCCACUGUGAGAACAGAAUGCUGGGCCACUAGAUGGGCCACUGGUCUGAUCCAGCAGGCUCUUCUUAUGUUCUUAACUGAAAGAGUUCAAAAACAAAAUAAAACCCACUUUCUGUGUACUCAAUUUCAACAUGUCCCUCAGGGCCAAACUAGGCAUUAUAAAGUGGCAGUAAGCUGCCAUUGUUCCAUGUCUCUUCCUUGUAACACCUGUUAUAGGGCACCACGUCAUUUGAUAGGACAUAGGAAGUCACCUUAAAUCAUGCCACAUUCUUUGUUCGUUUGGCCAGGACUGUCCCUGCUCUGGUUAGUGGCAUCUCUCAAGCACAGGGUGUGUUUUCCAUCACUUGCUGCCUGAUCCUUGAGAUGUCAUGGACAACACAAAAACAUAAGCAGAGCCUGGCUGCUGGAUCAGCCCAAAGGCCCAUUUUGUCCAGCAUUCUGUUCUCAUAAUAGCCAAGCAGAUGCCUUACCACCGAACUAUGGUGCCUUGUGGUAAUGUCAUCAUCCUGCAUGUUUCCCUGCCUUUGCCUCACAUCAUUGGCUGGUGUGGCCAGGGCAACAGACAGCAGCAUGAUGACAUGUCACGAGUCGUUGCAUGACAAUACAAGGAGGCCAGGCAAAGAGGCAGCUGUUCCAUGGUAGAUGCAAAAAAACACCGGACUGAAUGAAAAGUAUUCAUUAAUAAUAAAGACUUUGCAGAAUAUCAAUUUGGUGUACCAUAGCUGGGUAUUUCUGUAGACAGUAUUUAUUCCUACAGCCAGGGUAGAUCAAUCAGUGCUGGAGUACAAAACCAAAUGUUUUUUUCCAUCCUAGAAGUCAACAGGUGGCAAAUUCUGAAGCUAAGAACCACCCAUGGAGAGAAGAGGAGAGACAGGAGGAGAUGGGGGGGUCGUGGUGGAAUCUACAAAACGUGGUUGCAGAAUGGCCAAUUAUAUUGAAUACAUUGAUUUAACAAGGACAGACAGAGUGCACUUCUAUAUCAAAGCCAUGCUUAGUCUUAAAAGAUAUUUCGAUGAAAGAAAGACAGAAACACAUUGGAAAGUUACAUUUCCCCAUAAAACUUUGUUGGCAUAUUUCUAAAUUUGAUGAAGAAUUUCAUAGUGAAGAAGAAAGCAAGAAAGGAAGAAAGAAUUAUUUUAAAAGAAAAAUAGCCAAAGUUACUACCUUUAAAAAAAUUGCUGCCUUUUAUAUUUUUCAUUUCUUUAUUGCAACGCAUGGGAUUUUAAUUUUUUUAAAGCUGUUAUUACCCUGUCCCAUGGUUUGCCAGUAAUGCAAACAACAGUUUAUUAGAACAUUGUUACUGCUAAUAAAUAUUUCUGUAAUAGAAGCAUUGGAUUGGUCAGUAGGUUUCACUGUGAUUGUCCGAAGGCCCAUUCCCCUUGCUUUUCAGUUUGCAUGGAUGGAUGACUCCAGGGGGAUGAUGGGGGUGGGGGAGAAAGUGAAUGCACCUGUGUGAUUUUAGAUGAUUUUGUAGUGGCUGUGUGGACAACUGUAACUGUGUACUGUUCAGAUGUGAAUAAAUAUGCAUACCUAUGUGUUCAUUGCAUCUUGGA